CUCUUUGCACAUUGGGCCUCAAGUAAACUGAUAUGGGGACAGAUAGCCAAAGUUGGCAUUUGGAUUUAAGCUAUGAGCAGUGGAAACCUGUUCCUGUAUCUGGUUCACGUCCAGCUGCUCGCUACAAGCAUGCUGCUUCUGUGUUUGAUGGGAAAUUGUAUGUUGUUGGCGGAAGUCGAAAUGGCCGAUAUUUGUCUGAUAUCCAGGUAUUAAUCUUGCUAAUAGGUUAUGCUAUUAUGGUCUAUCAAGCCCUUGACAAUUG